AUGGUUAGUUGUUUCCAUUUAAUCAGAGUUCCAGGCAUUGUCUAUCCUCUGAUAAGAGCGGUAUCGGUCCAAGUUGGUAAAAGUAGUAUACUAUAUAUCUUUGAGUACAUCAACAAUCCAUGGUCGGUCGUAGACACCAUAGAUAUCAUUCGUCGUCAUUGA